AUGAUAAACCUUAAACUGAAACUUUAUCACGCUCCUAUUCAACACUCACCUCAGUCCGAAGUGCUCAUUCGUCUCCGAGACUUGGUCAAUGUUGUCUACUGCACCACCAAUAAGACUGACACGCCCUUAACGCUAAGCGAUCCAUUCUACGAUCUGAGGGAUUCGAUCGGAAAUCUAGAACUUCUGAUCCUGCGAGUUCUGAACUUUCAUGUCCCAAAGCCUGAAUUUUUCGACUUGACAUGCCACUAUCUUUUCGUCAUUGAAAAGUGGUUCCACGGAAGGCCAACUCAGAACAACCAUCCUGCCGUUACUGUAUUCAAGGCAGUAGCAAAAUCAUCAGUUAGCUUUUUGAUGGACGGACUUCACCGGCCGGAAAUCAUCCACUUCGAACAAAAAGCGGUUGCGAUUGCGUGUAUUGAUCUUGCCCUCAAAGUUCAUGGGGCGCAAAUACCUCUAGAUGAAUAUUGCGAGAAAUCUUGGAGAAAAGCCAUCUGCCCAGAUGUGGAGUAUUCAACGAUUAAAAAGAUUCAAGAAACAAUCAACUUAGUCUAUGAAGAAGAUGAGCCCAAGUGGCAAGCUUUAAUCUGA